AUAAAGUGUUUUAAUUCAAAUCACAAUGAAUUAAAGAUGCAAUACCUAGAAAAUGUAUGUGACGAUGACAUUGAAUAUAUGUGUAAGAACGAUUUACAUAAUAGUGGCUAUGGUAGUCAAAAUAUAUGGAGAUGAAAACAUGGGGGAGGAAGAAAAUAUAAAAGAUAUAGAUUUUAGUUACAACAAAACGGACGUAGAAAAAAUGCUAGAAUAUUGUAUGGACGAAUAUUCACAGUGUAUAAGCAUUGACAGGAAGUUAUCGAUGUGUGCAGAAAAUAAUAGCAAGGUUAAGAAACAAUUUAAUUCGCUGUGUGAAAUGGAAUAUGAAAACUGUAGAUCUAGUAAUAAUGAAAGUACUUGGCAUUAUUUGAAAGACGAAAAAUGUUAGAUAUUUUUUUUACAUAUCCAAUUAAAAGUUUAUCGCGAAAACAAGAAAUUACUUGUCGGAUUAAAUUUUCCAGGUUU